AUUCCCCAAAUGCUUCGCAACAUUGUGAGAUAAAAAGCUCCAUUGCCUCUUCCCCCUUUUUUUCAUAAUUGGUACGUAAUUAUCACUGGCAAUUUUUCUUUUCUUUUCUUUUUUAUUUUCUCUUGUACAUACCGUCUUUUUCAUUUGUAAACGCAGUCAUUAUGUCAAAAAUUUCCUCAAUUCAAUUCAACCCAAUGCAAUGCAAUCCAGUUCCCUUUUGUUCCCAACGUGGCCAGCCAACCAGGCUAUGUGCACCCCAUCCGUUUUCUCCAACGAAUCAAUAAAAUACAUGGUAUCACUCCGGCGUCCACCAUUAUCCAAUGUGGUUUAUCCGGCGUCCAAUUGGGCUGUCAGUCAUAGGUGCGAUAUUUGUAACCAGAUGGCUGGAUAUAGUAACACCUCAAAGACAUUGAAUGGGUAAAAAGUCGAUCUAGGCAUUCAUACCACACUAACAUGUUUGGCUAAAAACUUGAAAUGUGGCCACUCUACUUGUUUACAAAUGGCCUGAAUGUUUAGAAAUUGAGCAAACAGGUUGUAUCGCCGACGCAAGGGCACUACCGGAUGUUACCUUAAGAGGGACUAAACUUAAGUCCUAUAAUUAUGUGCAAGGCGAGAUGCCAAACUAUAUCGCAGCAGUCAAUGUUAAAGGCACAAUUUGGACUUUAUAUCUCAGCUUCUAUAUCGGUCAACUUUUCCAUCAUAGCCAUACAAGUGGAAGAUCGUCGUGACGGAAUAUACAUUCUUGGGUAACCUCGUCUGCA